AAAAAAUGCCUCAGAUAAGUCCCCAUAGAAAUUUUACUAAAACUAACAAAAUUUUCCAAUGGCUUAAACAUUUGGUUGUCAUUCAGAAGAUCAACAAAUUCAGAAAAACAUCUUGCUCUGACUACCAUCGCCAUGUCAGACGUUGAGGUAACGUUCGAUCGCCUGUUGAAACUGCCGGGCGUCAUGGGGGCUAUACUGGUCAAUGGCGAAGGUGUAGCGGUUCGCACAUCCAUGGAUUCUACGUCUAGCAGCAUAUUUGCAGGAAAAAUUCGACCGAUGGUGAAGAUGGCACGGUCGCUGGUGCGCGAGGUCGAACCUACGGAUGACCUUACGUAUCUGCGGAUGCGAACCCUCAAGAGUGAGAUUCUGGUAGCCGCUGAGAACGAGCACAUGAUCAUACUCGUACAGGAUACGAAUAUUUUGGAUGAGGCGCGUAGGAAUAGCUCAUCGUCGUCCAAGAAGAGUGCAUGAAUUCUGUAUGCAAUGUGACCAUCUUUCCGCCACUCCUCUCCACGCAGCCCCUCCAGCUCCCCCUCCCACUCCAUCCAUCAGGUGGAAGAACUAAAAAAUAACAAAAUGAACAAAAAGUGCGCAGUGCACGUCAUGUGGGCAGCAUAAACAAAAUGGCAUAAACAAGCUGCGCCAGCGGGGGGUGGGGGUAUGAAGAGUCUUUGCACGAACUCCCUUUUCCCUCUUCCCUUCCCCGCCGCCGCAAAUCCCAAGCACAGAGCAAUACAACAAAAGUAAAAUUGUGAGAGCAGAGAAAAAGAAAGCACGCAAAAAUAAAAUUCACAUCCAGGCGAGGCAAAUUGUA